AUGGGGGUUGAUUGUGAUUUUAUUCCAGUCGAAACGCAACGUCGAAUUGAAUAUACACGACAGAAAUUGAUGCGAAUUGAACAAAUGAAUGAGCAACUUCGAAAAUUGAGCAAAGCGAAUAAGAAUAGCGAAGAGAAGAAGGAUUCGCUGGAAUUGGACGUGGCAAGACUGACAGAUGCUGCGAUGAGAACUGAACCAGAUGUUGGAAAAGAGCUGAUGCAUUCAAUUGAAGAACCAUUGGAAGUUGAUAUGGUCUAUGGAGAAGCAUAUCGGGAGAAAAUGUGUCAUCUGAAAGUUCUUUUGAAUGAAAUUAUUGUGAGAACCAGUUUCAAUGAAAAAGCAAUGUGCAAAGAGAUUGGACAUCAGGAGGCUGAAUUUGAGAAUCGUUUGAGAGAGACUAUCAGUACCCGAACUUCCUUGUCCCUGAAAACUGAUGAAGCUCAGAAAAAAUACGAAAUGUUGGUAAGAGAGCAGGCCAAUUUGUAUGAAGAUGUACAGGAAAUGGAGGGAAAUAUUGAGAAGUUCGAUGCUUCCAGAUGGCUUCUCAAUGUCGAAAAAAGAAGAGUUUCUGACAUUCUGGAUCGUACAAAACGAGAACCAAAGACAGGAAUUGACUGCCGUAAACCAUAUAUUGUCUGUUCAGAAGCUUCUUCAAUUGAAGAUUUGAUUUCAUCAACUGCCAGUUUGACUCAUGAUCAUUAUGCUCCAGAGCAUCAUUUUAAUCAAACCGUUCCAACUGUUAACUUCAAAGAUGUUCCAAGUAUUGAUGGAAAUUCUACAGAAAUGAAAGUUCACAAGGAAGGAUGUCCGAAAAAUAAAAAGAAUUCAUUGCAUCCAAUUCCACACUCAAAUUCAUUGAUUUCUGAAAAAGAAACUCCGAUAAAACAAUGCCGUGGAAAACAGCAAACAAAGCUCCCAAUCAAUGGUAUCAACUUGAUGGAACUUAUUUCGAAAGCAAUUCAAGAAGAGCUCUCUUCUCUUUGA